GGACUGCACUUCGUGUGUGUGCGUGAUUUGCAUGUAUGCAGGCCAAGUCGAGCAGCAGUCGCAGUCGCAGCCGCAGCAACAACAAGUGCAACCAAAACAAAGAUGCUGCGCUCCUGACACUGAAACCCGCACAAGGCCAAUCGACGAAAUCAGGCCACGCACACGAAUCCCGACACGGUGGCGGUGGCGAUGGCGAUGGCUAUGGCGAUGACGAUGGCGAUGUAGAUGACGUAGCUUUGCGAUGCGAUGCCCCUGGCAAUCAGCCUACCACAGCCUACUACAGCAGGCCGGCUUCCCCAGACCCGGAGACACUCCCACUCCCAGUUCCACUCCCACUUCCACUCGAACUCCCACAUGUACUGCCAAACAUCUGCCAUACGCAGCAGCAGAGGUAACUGCACUCAGGCCUACACGGAGAGCAAAUUCUAGUUAACAAUUUUUAA